AUGAACGACCGUAAACCACCUUACAAACUGGUUACUCUUAAUGGUCGAAAACCUUAUGCAGAUGGCGAUAGAGCUCAAGCAGUAGUAGUAGAACAUCUUCAACUAGUCAAAACUUGUCAGGAAGAUCCAUCGCUUAUUGUAGUUGAUAUUGGUGCCUUUGUUGGAGAUUUUGGAUUAUAUGCCGCAGCAUGUGGUUGUCAAGUAUAUCUAUUUGAACCUCAACCAAAAAUGAUCGAUCUUAUUCAAACAUCUAUCGUAGUUAACAAUUUUUCUUCUUCACGUGUUCAUCUGAUUAAUAAAGCUGUUAGUAAUUUACCAUCGAAUUCUCAACUGACAUUUCUUGAAGAUGAAAGUGAUACAAAACAAACGAAUGGAUCUUUACACAUAUCAACGAUUCGUCUUGAUGAUAUAGACUGGCCACCGAAAUCAAAUAUAUUUCUAUUAAAAAUUGAUGUUGAAGGAUUUGAAUUAAAUGUUCUUCGUUCAGCUGAAAAAUUAUUUCAGAACAAACGUAUUCAACAUCUGAUCUUUGAAUAUACGGCUUAUUGGACUGACCGAUCAACACAGAAAGAUCUUUUACCAUUUGUGCAAAAUCAACUUGAUAGUAAGAAGCUGUAUGCAUUAGAUCGAACAGGACGAACUGUUUAUGGUCCACUAGAUCGAACAGUGCUCAAUGAUUUUCAUGAAAAUCACAUAAAGAGACAUUUACAAACAGAUAUCUAUGCAACUUUUGUCGAUUUAGAUAUAAAUACUACUAUAAAGUCAAAACCCUACGAUCCAUUAUCGUCGUUUGCAUGA